UCUGGCAGCCAGUGAAAUGGAGCUGCCAUCCAUGAGAUAACCUCUCAGCCAAGUCUAAUGAACAGAGAGAAAUGCAAUAGAAGUCUUCCAGCAUGUGAUCAUUCCAUUAGCACAGAAGAGUGACUGUGAGUGAGGAGGAGGAGGGAUUGUAGAAUGGGGAGAUCCUGAGCUCUGUCGGUGGGGGAAUCCUGGCAUUGUGUGCUGAUCUCACCACCUGUGUGUGUAGUCUCCCAACAUCCUCAGCUCAGGCACGCCAACCUAUACCGUGGCGGGCGCUGUGUGCAGCAGCAGGGGCUGACAGGCUGCAGCUCCUCUCACACUCAACUCUUCUAGGGAGUCUCUGUAGGGAGAUCCUGGAUGUCCCAGCGGUCUGCAGGAGCCCCAUAAAGUAUGUGUGCACUUCUAGGGUGAUCCGGAUCGAUCUGCCAGUGUGGGGUCCCCCGGUGAUCGCUGAGUAGGAUCUAGUAGUGCAGAGCUGGCCCAAUACUGGGAUCCAUCUGUCAGUGGAGGACCUGAGAUCGAUCUGUCAGUGGAGGACCUGUGAUCGCUGAGUGAGACCGAUCUGUCAGUGGUGGACCUGUGAUCGCUGGGUGAGAUUGAUCUGUCAGUGGAGGACCUGUGAUCGCUGGGUCAGUGGAGGACCUUUGAUCGCUGAGUGAGAUCGAUCUGUCAGUGGAGGACCUGUGAUCGAUCUGUCAGUGGUGGACCUGUGAUCGAUCUGUCAGUGGUGGACCUGUGAUCGAUCUGUCAGUGGUGGACCUGUGAUCGCUGGGUGAGAUCGAUCUGUCAGUGGUGGACCUGUGAUCGCUGGGUGAGAUCGAUCUGUCAGUGGAGGACCUCUGAUCGAUCUGUCAGUGGUGGACCCGUGAUCGCUGGGUGAGAUCGAUCUGUCAGUGAAGAACCUGUGAUCGCUGGGUGAGAUCGAUCUGUCAGUGGAGGACCUGUAAUCGAUCUGUCAGUGGUGGACCUGUGAUCGAUCUGUCAGUGGUGGACCUGUGAUCGCUGGGUGAGAUCGAUCUGUCAGUGGAUGACCUGAGAUCGAUCUGUCAGUGGAGGACCUGUGAUCGCUGGGUGAGAUCGAUCUGUCAGUGGAGAGUUCCCCCCUGUUGAUCGCUGCGGAUCUGAUGCGGGGGGAUGAUGCGGGCACUGCUGGAGGAGCUCGGCAUCCGAGCGCUGCUCUUCGGGGUCUUCGUGUUUACUGAGUUUUUGGACCCCUUUCAGCGAGUUAUCCAACCGGAAGAAAUUUGGCUGUACAAGAAUCCCCUGGUUCAGUCAGACAACAUACCCACACGGCUCAUGUUUGCCAUAUCAUUCCUAACACCCCUGGCUGUGAUUUUUGUUGUGAAGAUUAUCCAACGGACGGAUAGAACAGACAUAAAGGAAGCCUGUCUCGCGGUCUCCCUGGCCCUGGCAUUGAACGGAGUGUGCACUAACACAAUCAAGCUAAUAGUAGGAAGACCACGUCCUGAUUUCUUUUACCGCUGUUUUCCGGAUGGGGUGUCAAAUGAAGAGAUGCAUUGCACUGGAGAUGCCAGCCUUGUGUCAGAGGGCAGGAAGAGCUUUCCAAGUAUCCACUCAUCCUUUGCUUUUUCGGGUCUGGGAUUCACCUCCUUCUACCUGGCAGGAAAGCUGCAUUGUUUUACAGACGUGGGGCAAGGAAAGAGCUGGCGUCUCUGUGCUGCCAUUCUGCCUUUAUAUUGUGCUAUGAUGAUUGCCCUCUCACGGAUGUGUGACUACAAACACCACUGGCAAGAUGCCUUUGUGGGUGGUGUGAUUGGUCUGGUGUUGGCCUAUGUCUGCUAUCGACAGCAUUAUCCACCAUUGGCACACUCUUCCUGCCAUCGUCCUUCUGUAUCUCUCCAUCAGGUCAGUGCCCCAAAGAAGGAGGAGCCGGAAGCCAAUGAGAAUACAGACAGUUUAAUGCAUGAGUCCAUGACAGAGGGGCCUGUAUGACCACCAAGUAGUGUGAUCUGACUUGUAGCCUCAUGUAGCCUCUUUGGAGAGGUUUCCUGCACUGUAUGUACAGCAGCACACAUCUUACAUGUGACCAGCAACUCUGCAAUGUAUGCAAUGUCAACAAUCCCAGCGUGAAGUCCAGGAGGCAGGAACUACAUCAACAGACAUUGAAAUCUUUACGUAUCGUUCUAUGAUGGUGCUGUGUGUCUGUAUUCUUGGCUGUGUUCACUUCUGUUUUUCUAAAAAGCAUUUACAUUCCAUGGUGGACAGACUACCUGCGCAGAGCAGCAUCAUGAACCAAUUCCAGUUCUAAUCUCUGCCUCCCCAUACCCAAACAAAUGCAAGUUUAUUAUAUGCACAAUCAAUUUAUAUAUUUUUUUUAUUUGACCCAGCUUUGUUUUAGUAAGCUUCCCUGUGUUUCAUCUGGGACCUCUGUCAACCUGCAAAUUCUUUUCACCGUGAUGUCCUUUGAACAGACCAAGGUUCCAGAAUUGGGGUCUUUUUUUUCUGCACUAAUGAGAGAUUGACCACACAGGUUCUUUGCAUGGACCCUCUUGAACUCCACACUUGACAACCUUGAUAAAACCUCUUGUCCUUUAAGACUAAUACAGAUUGCUGUUCGUGUCCACACUGCCUCUGACAUCAUUUGUCAUUUUGUCUACUUUCAUAGAAGGUUCUGUCCCAACACAGUGCAGGAAUCGAACUCAUCACUACAGCACUUCUCCUGCCUCACAUUACAUCUGUGAAUUCUUCCGUGCUACACUCAUCUUGUAUCACUGAUGGGUGCAGAUCGUUUCCUCGUUUCCUUGUGCACUCCUAAUGUUCCUUGUUUAGUUGCUGUGUAACACAGACUCUUUGAAAUCUCACUGUUUGACACUUAAACAAUAGUGUUUUGUAUUGGCCAAAAGGAUAAAUAUGUUUCAGUGUAUUGUUGCAACCGUCCGUGCAUGAAAUAUUUUUUUAUUUUGAAAUUGAUCAGAAACUGAUAUGAUGCAUGUGAAGCUUUGUUCCACUGUACAUAUCCAAGGAGCUCUCGGGUCACAUGUUGUCUUUCGUACCCUCCUAAGAUCUGAAAAAUGUUCCUCAGCACAUAGUGGCCACCAUCAUUUUCUUUAUCUUGGUGCUAAGAUAAAUUGUGUGGUCUUAGAAAAAGUACUUAGGAAUAAGCAUAUGAUCUUUCAUUUUAGCUGCCUAACACACUGCUGGGGUUAUUUACUAAAGUUGAAGAGUGCGAAAUCUGGUGCAGCUUUGCAUAGAAACCAAUCAGCUUCCAGGUUUUAUUGCCAAAUCUUAAUUGAACAAUUUAUGCAUUUCUAAAAGUAAUACAUAAGAAAGGGUACUUUCUACAAAGAUAUAAUUGGUUAAAGAGCCAGAGGAAAGGAUGGAAGCAGAAUGUUGGCUCAAACU